ACCUUUCGAUUUUCCCCGAAAAUUCAAAUCAUAUUUAUUUUCCGCCAUCUUUGCUUGAACAGUGAGAGCGGUGAGAGAAGUGCAAUGGAGACGAAUACUACAACACCAUGUUCUUCCUCCGUCACCGUCCGUCGAAAUCCACGCCGUAAGGCCAGGGAUACGUCCUUAUUUAGUACAUCUCGACUUCCCUCCCAGUCCACUUCCUCCUCUGAUUUACCUCAAAUUUCUUCUUUUCCAUUUCAAGACAUUCUUUCAGAAAAAAUCCAGCAAAAUUCUCCCACCAUCAUCACAGCUACCUCGCCUUCACCGCCGCAACAUUCAGUCCUAGAAAACCUUAAGGUGUAUUUGAGAAUCCGUCCUCUCGUGCCUCUGAAAGGCUCAACCAAAAAUGCGGGUGAACAAUAUGCAAAGUCGAGGCAGAAAAAUGCAUGGCCUCAAAAUAUAUCCAAGAAGAAUAGCGUCAAAGAGAAGAAAAUUUCAAAGAAGAAAAGUAAUGAGAGUUGUAUUACGGUGAGCGAGGAUUUUCGUUCGGUUACUUUAUUACCUCCUCCGCCGCUACAAGAAACUAAAAGGAUUAAAUCGGAGGUCUUCGAAGGGUUUUCUUACGUGUUUUCAGCUGAAUCGACUCAGUCCGAAGUGUUCGAGAAGAUGGUGAACCCGUUGGUUGAGGACUUCCUCGGCGGUAAAAGUGGAAUGUUGGCUGCAUUGGGACCAACGGGCUCCGGCAAGACUCAUACAGUUUUCGGUAGUCCCAGGGAGCCUGGUAUGGUUCCUCUGACACUCAAACGGAUUUUCAAGUCCGCUCAAGGGUGUGACUCCCAGUCCUCAAGGCGAUUUUACUUGUCGAUUUUUGAAAUAUGUGCGGAGCGAGGCAAAGUCGAGAGGAUAUGUGAUUUAUCCUCAGAUAAACCAGAUCUUUCUACGCAGCAGUCAGCCAUUAAAGGGCUUCUAGAGGUUCCAAUUCAUGAUGUUGCGGAGGCAGAGCUGUUGAUAGCUCGAGCUCUUCUGAAGCGUUCUACAGCUACAACAAAUGCCAACAGCCAGUCAAGCCGUUCCCAGUGCAUCAUCAACAUACGGGGAGGAUCUGAAAUAGCUGAUGUAGAAACUGAUGAGCAAUCAAAUUCUGCUGUUUUAUCUAUUGUUGAUCUUGCAGGAGCUGAAAGAGAAAAACGAACUGGAAAUCAGGGAGCAAGAUUGGCUGAAAGCAAUUUUAUCAAUAAUACAUCCAUGGUUUUUGGUUUGUGCCUAAGAUCUUUGUUUGAGCACCAGAAGAAUCCCAAGAAGGCACUCCAGAAGCACUUCCAAAAUUCUUUGCUGACGAGGUACCUGCGAGAUUAUUUGGAAGGCAAGAAGAGGAUGACACUGAUUUUAACAGUAAAAUCUGGGGAAGAUGACUAUAUAGAUGCAUCAUACUUACUAAGACAAGCUUCACCUUAUAUGAAAAUCAAGUUCACUAACAUCGAGCCACAGCCCAAUCUGCUCUGUAACAAGAGACAAUUACAAACAACCUCUAAAGCGGAGCAGUCCAAGAGAAUGAAACUUGGCAACUUUGAUGCGUCGAUGAUGGAAAGAAAGAUUGUUGGACAUGAAAACCGGCUUCCUGAUGAAGGGGAUCUGACAAGCUGCAGUGCAGACUUAAAAAGUAGUACAUCUCUAAAAUUGAAUUCUGAUGACUUGAAGAAGGAGAGAACUCAUCAGAUUAUGCAAAGUUUUGCCAAAGCUUUAUGGAAUGUUUUGAAGCAAUACAAUGAAAAACUCAAGGUUGCAGAGAGUGAAAACCAGAUUCUAAGAGAAAAUCUUAGGAAUGAGAAGAAAAGAUCUAUUGAGAUGGAGAAAGAGCUGAAGAAUUUGAGAUCCUGCUGUACUUGCUCUAAGGACAAUUUAAUGGCAUCAACUAUAGUAAAAGUAGUCGAGAAUUUUGAGUCUAUGGUGCAUUCUGAACAACAGACAUCUUGUGGUAUUGAUGAGGAAAAAUUGGAUUUGAAUUCUUCCGAUCACAUCAAAUCUGAAUGCAGUAGCAGUCCCAGAAAAUUUGAAUGUACUCCAGGAGAGGACCAAAGAAAUAAAAAGUGCACAGGAGAAAUAGGCAACCCUUCUCCAAGUCAAAAGCAGGACAUGUGUUCUGAGGUAUUAAAUCAGAAUAUUCCUUCAAACUUGAGUGGGCCUGAAUACAUUGAUGAAGAGCAAGAGCAUGAAGCCAUGGUAAGAAGUUUGGAAACGGAUGCUAGUUUUCCAAGCACUUGUGUUCCAAAUGAUAACUAUCAGAGUUCUCAGAUUCACGAAAGCUCUCCUGGGACUGGAAAUAUUCACAAGGAUUUAAGUGAGCUAAAUAAUGUGGUUACUGAGCGUCUUGAUCAUAAUUCAUGCAUAACAGUCAGAAAUUCAAGCAAUGAAAGCAGUACAUCUGUGCAGCCAGGUUGUCAGCUUGGUGAAAACGAUGAGAUUAGUGACUCACUGGAGCUGCUUGUAUCACUUAAGGAUGUUCAACCAACUCAAAAGCAAGACCAUGUUGAUGUCCCCGAUAGUGGAAUAAGACCUAAUAUCUCCUGCAACUCUUCAAAGAAGGAGAAGCCAAAAAGGAGACUUUUGCCUAAAUCAUCCGUUCUAGUCAGAGAAAUCAGCACCUGUGAUGCUGAUGAGUUUGACAAACCGAAGGGAAGUGGAGGUGGGAAGAAUUUGGCUGCUUCCGAGAGGCAAAGGACUCAGGGCAGCAUUUCUCUACUACGCUUACUAAAGAGUAAUCUUCAUCUCUAGUGUAACACCUUUUAUGUUUUACGUAUGGCUUGCUUUUUCCUGUAAAAAUGUGGGGCAUUUUAAGGUUUUUGUUUGGACUCUACAGUUUAGGCAAUGGUAUUUGUUUGGUUAAUGGUGUCUGUACUCUUUUCAGAAAAAUAUUAAUGCUUACUGCCGAUGAUGCCUCCUGAAGUUGAACGUCAGUGGCUUUUUGGGCCAUA